AUGCCUGCUGGGUCGGCGAGGCCACAGGUGGCGUCCGCGGUGGGGGCUGGCUUCUUCAACCGUAGCGGGUCGGGGACCUCUUCCUGCCGUUGCGACGGUAAAGCCCCGUCGGCUGGAAGCAUUCAGAGAUGCGUCUCCUUUAAGAGUGGGGGGAGCGGAAUUCCCGUGACCUCUCCGUGUGCCCGCCCCUUCCUGGUUGCCAUAGCCACGGGCUGCUGGCGUCCCAAAAUGGCGUCUCUUCUCCCAGAUGUUUUGUUUGAAAUGCGUGGACAAGCCCCGGCGCCGAGCAAGGACUUCUAUCAGCUUCUCGUGAAUCGGAAGACCAUAACUUUUAGAUGGUGGAAAAUUUCUCUUCGAAGUGAAUUUCGUUCAGCAAAACCUGGGGAACUCACAGAAUCUCAUGAUGACUUUCUGGAUGACCCUUCUCUCCAAAUUCAAAUAGCCUAUAUCUUUGGACCAGGAAUUCUAGACCAUAUCAUCAAUCUGUGCCAGGGUAAAUUUGAUUUCCUGGCUCGACUUCCUGACCAAUUGCUUCUGCGCAUCGUGGCCUAUUUGGAUCUUGAAGACAUUUCCCGGCUUGCUCAAGUAGCUCACAGAUUUGAAAGGCUAUGCAAUUCUGAUCAACUGUGGGAGAUGACUGUGCACAAUUUAUGUGAGAAUAUUACUGAAGAAAUGACAGCACUGGCUCGUGAAGUGGGCUGGAAGCAGUUGUUCUUCACUAAUAAACUUCAACUGCAGCUCCAGCUCCGAAGGAGGAGACAGAAGGAAGUCAACUGAGCAGAAAGGAAUAAAGAUGUGUUCUUCCUAGUGGCAACUGUUAUAAAGUGGAGAUUUGUUCUAAUAAAA